AUGUGGGACGCAAUACUCAUGCAGGAACACCGCAGUAGUACAUAUGGUCAACAAACACAUGGGUUAAAGAGAGCCGACGCGCUCCGGAAGAUCAAAUUCCCCCAUGAGCCACCUCCGGACACAACGUUACCCCUUCCCACUUCGCCUAAAGCAAAACCCCACCCGUUUGCCUGCAGUAUGUGUAAACGAACAUUUCCGCUUCAAAAUGGAUUAACGCGCCACCUUAGAUACAUGCACAACGUCACAUGCCCUGUCCCAGAGAGAAAACGCCCGCGAGCCGACGAACCGAUUCCAGAAGAAUCAGCAUUUCCCUGUGACAAAUGUGAUAUGGUGGCGCGCUCUAAAACAGGUCUCAAAGCCCAUAUUAGAGCGAUGCAUCCUGAGAACCCCACAAAAGACGCACCCAAAGUUCACCUAAUACCACAACCUGCUUCACUACGCUGUGAAUUUUGUCUACGCGAAUUCGGCAACAUUGGAGCUCUCGCAUGCCACGAAAAGUUUAAACAUCCUCCUGGAACCCCAAUUUUGCCAGCAAUAAUACAAGUAACGUUUCUGCGAAAUAAGAAACGCCAGCGAGAUACGUCGCCACCGGAGCGUGAGAACAGAGAGAAAGUACAAUGCGGAGUAUGCCAGAAGUUCUACGCCCACCUAGACUCCCUCGCCAUCCACUGCAGAAAAUUCCAUGAUGGACAGGGUCUGCCACAAAAAAUCGAAUUCCACCAAUGGGCAAUACAAAACUACGAAAACGAGAGACCUUCCGGCGUUAGUCUGUCCCGCGUGUGGUCACCAAUGUAUGAGUAA